CUCGAAUGACUGAGGAAACUACAACUAUGGCGGUUUAUUGCUUUAACGGGAGUUGUAGUGUUUUGUCACCCAGACGGUGGCGAUUCAACGGGACUACUUGGAAGAAAACUUUCUAAGAUUUUCAUCUGAGAGGAAAAGAAAUCAAACGGAGCCGGGAUCAGGGCAGGUAGGGGACCUGGACGUGCAUCCACACCCACGAAGGAUGCUCUGAACUGAGCAACAUCUGCUGAAGAGUCCCCCCUCAACGCAGCUAUGGCCUCAGCGACAUCCAGCCCGGGACCUGCGUCUCUGGGCUCCCAGGUUCACGCUGCAGCUGUCAACGGAGACAGGAGCGCCCUCCUCAAACUCAUCACAGCAGAGCCCUCGCUGCGGGACCGUGAGGACCAGUUUGGCCGGACCCCUUUGAUGUACUGUGUGCUGGCUGACCGCCUGGAUUGCGCAGAGAUUCUGCUGAAGGCCGGAGCAUCGGUCAACAAGACGGACCACAGCCAGCGCACCGCUCUGCACCUCGCUGCACAGAAGGGGAAUGGGCGUUUCCUGAAGCUGCUGCUGUCCAGGCGCGCUAACUGGCUGCAGAAAGAUUUAGAGGAGAUGACCCCGCUCCACCUGGCCACCCGACACCCCUCCCCGAAAGCCCUCGCCCUGCUCCUCAAACACAUCGGACCUGGAGAGGUUGACACACAAGACAAGAACAAGCAAACUGCUCUCCACUGGUCUGCGUUUUAUAACCGACCGGAACACGUCCGCCUCCUGAUCAAGCACGACUCCAACAUCGGCAUCCCAGACAGCGAGGGCAAGAUCCCUCUGCACUGGGCGGCGCACAGUCAGGAGCCCAGUGCUACGCAAACUGUCCGCUGCAUACUGGAAGCGGCUCCCACUGAGUCCCUGUUGAACUGGCAGGACUACGAGGGGCGGACGCCGCUGCACUUUGCGGUUGCUGACGGUAACGAGGCGGUGGUGGAGGUGCUGACGUCUUACGAGGGCUGUAAUGUGACAGCUUAUGAUAACCUCUUCAGGACACCGCUGCACUGGGCGGCUCUGCUCGGCCAUGCCAGAAUCGUCCACCUGCUGUUGGAGAGAAACACAUCAGGCACUAUUCCUUCAGACAGCCAGGGAGCAACACCCCUGCACUACGGUGCUCAGAGCAACAAUGCUGAGACAGUGGGUGUGUUUCUGUCCCACCCGUCUGUGAAGGAUGAACCUGAUCUGGAGGGGAGGACAGCCUUCAUGUGGGCCGCCGGAAAGGGCAGUGAUGAUGUCAUCCGCACUAUGCUGGCCCUCACCCCUCACAUUGACAUCAACAUGGCCGACAAGUACGGCGGCACCGCGCUCCAUGCAGCCUCCCUGUCAGGCCAUGUGAGCACAGUGAAGCUGCUGUUGGAGAGGGGAGCGAUGGUCGACUCUCUGGAUGUGAUGAAGCACACGCCGCUGUUUCGGGCUUGUGAGAUGGGACACAGAGAUGUCAUACUCACACUCAUUAAAGGUUCAGCACGUGUGGACCUGGUAGACGUGGACGGUCACACAGCUCUGCACUGGGCAGCUCUGGGAGGGAACGCUGAGGUCUGCCAGAUACUGAUGGAGAAUGGAAUCAGUCCCAAUGUACAGGACCAGGCAGGACGGACUCCUCUGCAGUGUGCUGCUUAUGGAGGCUACAUCACCUGCAUGGCUGUUCUCAUGGAGAACAAUGCUGAUCCAAACAUACAGGACAAGGAGGGGCGAACUGCUCUCCACUGGUCAUGUAACAACGGCUACCUGGAUGCUGUGAAACUGCUGCUGGGCUACAACGCCUUUCCUAAUCACAUGGAGCACACUGAGGAGAGGUACACCCCUCUGGACUACGCUCUGCUGGGGGGGCACAGCGAGGUGACUCAGUUCAUGCUGGAGCACGGCGCUCUGUCCAUAGCAGCCAUCCAGGACAUCGCCGCUGCCUCCAUCCAGGCUGUCUACAAGGGCUACACCGUCCGCAAGGCCUUCAGGGAGAGAAAGCAGCUCCUCAUGAGGCAUGAGCAGCUGCGCAAAGAUGCAGCCAAGAAACGAGAGGAGGAACAGCGGAGGAGAGAAGCUGUGCAGCGAGUCUCAGUGGUCGCUGCAGAGAAACGGAGGGCCCCUUUGGUGAGAGCAGAGCAGGAAAAGCUGUCCUUGGUAAACAUUAUAGAGGACUUAACCAUGAAUGACUCAGUGGUGGAAACGAAGAAAUCAUCCAGAGCUGAACGCACUAAGAGCAAAGAGGAAAGGCUCAAAGCCCACAAGAGCAGAUCCUCCAGAAGAAGUAAGGCAGCUGAACCACAUGAGGCUCAUGAUGCUUCAAGCCUCCACAGACACGUGACAAGUGAAACUGUGCCCGCUGCUCUCCAGACCACCAGGCUGAAGGAACUUCUCUCUCCAGCCUGCUGCAGCCAGCCACCCAGUCUCAAACCCAGACCGCCCUCAAUCCCCAAAGUCAGGGAACGACCUGCCUCAAGCACAUGCAUUCCUGCAAGCGUCGCAGCGACAGACCAAACUGACACUAUUACCAGAGAAUGCAUCCUUCAAAAAAAGAGAGACCCUCACAUGACAGUACAGACAGCCCCCGGCAAGACUGAUGCCCACUGUGCUCCACAAAAGCACAGAAACCACAAGGAGCAGACUUCAGAAAAGGCCGUCACCAAAGACCAAACUCCCUCAUUAAGGAGCAGUUCAUCUUCAGACCACAAAAGCCCCUCGAGAAAGACUCUGUCUGCCACACACGCACCCAUCUCGACACGCACACACGGGGAGCACAACAAAGAGCAGCGCAGGAGGAGGAACGAUGCUGCAUGCAUCAUCCAGCGAGCCUGGCGAAGGUUCCACGCACACAGACAGAGAGAGGUACGAGCCCGCGAGGAGGCAGCGUCAAGUGAUACAAACCACGCCCACAUCAGGAAGAAGAUGGAAAUCCAACCUCAACCCACCAAACUGUCAGCGAGUAAGAGCUCGGUGCUGCAAAGCAUCUACGGAAACUCUAUGGCCAGACGAGGGCGUUCACUCCGGGGCUCUCAGUCUCAGCUGCUCCUGGACAUGCCCUUACGCACCCAGAGCCAGUUGAGCGGUAUAGACUGCGUGCACCUGACCGAUGCCGUGAAUCAAGCCCGGCAGUACUCUUACCACUUGAGACCACAUAGUGCUGGACAGGGGACCAGAGGCCGGGGAAAACAUUGAAGCCACACACACGCACACGCGCACACUUUCAUAUGUUCUUUGAUGUUUUCUCAGCUGGCUGGCGGCCUCUCCUCUAUAGAAUUACUUUACACAUUGUUCGCUCAAUGUGGCGAGCGUUCUAAAAUUAAGCCAUAUGACAUCAGAGCCAUGACCUCACAGGGUGGGGUUAAGUCUACAGAAAAUGGUGUGUGUAAAAGAUAACCUUUCAUCCAUUGUGGAAGGAACACAUACACACGCCAUCUCCCUCGUUCUCCGUCGCUCUCGCACACACACUGAGAUAACCUUUCCUCCUGUUGUGGAGAAUGAGGCAGUCUAUCAACAGCCGGUCAUACAGAUAGCCCACCUGCAGCCACGGACACACACACACACACACACACACACACACACAGUUACUUUCUACACAACAGUCUGGUUUCUAAGUGCUUUACCUCUCAAGAGAAAGAUGUAUUUCUCUACUCUGCAGUUUUUUACUUUACUAUACAUUUGCAAAAAAUAAUCCAUCAUGUAUAAUUUUAGAUGUACCUCAAUUUCUUGUUGUUUUUAUUGUAUUAUAUGAAAUAAAAUAAAAAUUGACACAAAACACAG